UUGGGUAUUAUGUUAUUUAUUAUGUAACAAUUUGUAACCACAAAAAAAAAUUUUGUAAUCACACCGGUACCCCCGAAAAACUCGAUGUACAAUAUGUAUGAUUAGUAUUUUAUAUACUAUACGAUAUCGGACAUGGCUUCAUAAUUGGAGAGCAAGCUAUAUUUGAUGGUCAAAUGAAAAUGGUCAUAAUUAAUUAGGAGGUACUCAUAUAAGAUUACCUCGGCAAUAUUAAAUUAAUGGAUGCAAUGGAUACAAUUUCAUCAACAGCCAAUAAGCUGUUAAAAGAAUUUUCUUUAGACAAUAGAUAUGAAGUAAUAUCAUUGACUGCUUAUGAGGGGAAAAUAAACAUUCAAGAAAAUAUUAACAACUUCUUAGAUAAGGAAUUUAUUGAGUGUAAAAGCUGCAAAAGUGAGAGAGUUAUAACUGCCAGCAUAAAAAACCAUUUGUUGAUAGAACUACUAUCAUUACCUACAGAUCUAGAAGCAUCAAUAAGCAUAUCCAAUCUGAGUGAUAUAGGAGCAAUCCAAAACAAUUAUGCAGGAGAAGUCCAUUUGUAUUUAGAUGAUAUUCCAAAAACAAUAAAAAUUAAUGAUAUUUAUUUUUUGAGAGGAGCUAUAGGGUUUUGUGGACAAGACCGGUGA